AUGUUCGUUAUUUCGGAUAGCAGGAAUUUUCACUUUGUUGGCUCCAUUCCUGAAGUAAUUUUGGAACGAGUUUCAAUAUACAGCGAGAUUAUUCAGAUCUACAGGAAAAUUCCUAAACUCGGGGAAAGAGUGAUUGCACCUACUCUUCAAGUGGUCCUUGAUGCUGGUGAUGCUCCAAAAAGGAAAGCAAAAUCUACUGUUGUCACCGAGGAGCUGGAUGAAGAUACUAUUAGUGAUGUUCUUUUCAAUGAUGAUAUUCAGACUAGUGAUACUACUGCGAAUGAGUCUGACAUUCCAAAGCAAACACAACAACAAGUUAUUCAGACUGAAACUUCAAAGAAUCCAAUUUUAAACCUUUCACAACCACCUGUUGUUCCCAACAAAGCCUUUACUUCAAAUCUAAUUGCUAAUACUUCCUUUCCCACUACUACCAUUCAUGUUCACAUCAUAUUUACAAUACCUGAAACUACCUUUACCGAUUUCACCAUUCAAAUUCCAAUUUCUCAACGUAAGCUUGAACCCAUUUUCAUAGAAUCCACUAGGACUACAUCUAUUUCUCAACCUCAAGCCACAUCUACCUCAGAGAUUCUAAUUUAUGAACCAAUUGUUUUUGAAGCUGAUCCAGGUGUUGAUGAAUAUAUCACUUCAGAACCUAUUUCAACAAGUGUUGCACCAGUUUCUACAUCAGUUCCUGAUUUAGAACCAAUUAAUAGUUCUCCAUUAGUACAUGACACAUCCCUAUUUGAAUUAGAUGUUGAUUUCAUGGUUGCUAAUGAACCAAACAUUUCAGAACCAUAUGUUGCAAUUCGUGUGACAACAUUUAACGAUGAUGAGUCUAAGCUUAUGACUCGUCAAGACAAUCAUUUUUUAAUAUAA